AUGUCUACGUUCAUAAGGGGUCCCAUCUGCGGUACAGAUAACUGCCCCUCGCGGCUUUGGCGUAUCAUCGAUGGGAGAAGAACAUGCCAAUAUGGCCAUGUCAUGGAAGGUGACGUAGAAUUUAACGAUGAUGAAGACGAUCUCAACGGCCUUGGUGCAGGUGUUAUCACAAGACGUCUAAAUCUUACCACCAACGCCACUGGUAGUUUUCAAUCUAGUCAACUCACCAACUCGCAACUGUUGCAACAGCAGCAAAGGCAAUCUCAUAAAAAAUUCAAGAAACUCAUCGGUCACGACGCCAAAUUAUUAUUUCUGAAAUCCUUCCAGUUCAUCUUGAAGAGGCAGAUCCGCUGGCUCAUAGAUGAAAUGCGGUUCCCUGAGGAGUUCGAACAUGUCGCCAAGAUAAUAUGGCUCAAAAUAUUGAAGACGAUCAACGAUCAACCGCAAGAAGACCUAAGACUUCAAUUACACAUGACAUCGACAAUCUCCAUUCUAUAUCUUGCAUCCACUCAUUUGUCGCUACCGGUCUACACUUGUGACUACAUCAAAUGGAUAUGUAGCGCCAAGAUGCCGUAUUUCCAGGCAAGUGAAUUACUACCGAAAUCAUGGAGGACCCGGCUUCCAAAUUACUAUGUUUCCAUAUUAGAAGGUUCGAUCUCUCCUUUUAAUGGCCAACUGUACAACAAAAUCGCUUUGACGUGUGGUAUGAUCCACUUCAAAGAAUUCUUCAACUCCCAAAUUGCGUGCCAGGGCCUAUUACUAAAAUUGGUGAUGCAAUGCACUCUACCUCCAGAAUUUUACUUUUAUACAAAACAAGUUAUCGAAUUUGAAGAGGCAGACAUCCAGAACCUAACACUAUGGGAAAGAACUGAUGAGCGCCACACAGGGCCAAUAAGCAACCAUGCUGAACUCAGAGUCCUCUCUUAUUUCAUGCUCACGAUAAAUUGGAUGCUUUCUUUUGAUAGAGACCGACAGUAUCCAUUGAAAUGGAUUCUUGCUCUCACGGAAUCAUUAACUCAGCGUACAACCACAAGUGAAUCUAUCGACAGGAAUAUCGUUAAAGUGGUUUACCCAGAUAAGCCGACUUCUAACGAUUAUUUCCAAUGGUCUGAGGAUGAAACCCUGGAGUUCUUGAACUGGAUGGAAAAGCAAUUUUUGCCCACACAAACAAAAUCUUUGCAUAAUGAGGAUGAAUCGGUUGGGAUGACCAUUGAUCAAAAAAUUGCUCGAAGGAAACUGUACAAGAUCUUCCCCUUGGAUCGUGACAUUAGUAAUGAUAGUGAACUGAAUGACUUGAAGCAUCAAUUGACAUUUAUUGAAGAUUUGCAAGAAAGAUACGCGAAGCAAACGCCCUACUUUGACAACAACAAUAAAACACUGGAUUUCUCUACACGUCAAGAUCCCCAUCUACCGACCAGGAAGGAGGCUAUCGGUAGACUUCUAACCCAAGUAGCAUCGCGACUUUUAGUGGAUUUUGCUAUUUCUAAACAGCAGUUGAAAGACUGCAUUUUCAGGAUUAAAAACGCCUGUCUGCAUAGGAUGAAUUGA